ACAUAAACAAACAUGGCGUCUUCUGUGGAUGUCCACGUCCGAAUUUGUGGACAAGAAAUUAUAAAAUAUGACCUAGAAAUUAAAGCUCUCGUCCAGGACAUUAGGGAUUGUCCUGGACCUCAGUCUUCUCUCACAGAGCUCAACUCUGAGGUCAAGGAGAAGUUCAACAAGCUCAGGCUCAGAAUACAGGAUCUGGAGCAGAUGGCCAGAGAGCAGGACAGAGAGACAGAGAGACAGGCCAUCCAGGCAGAGACAGAGAGUCAGAGAAGGCAGAUGAUGAGUAAUCAGACUGCGUGGAGGAAAGCUAACCUGGCAUGUAAACUGGCCAUGGACAACAUGGAGAAAGAUGAGCUGCUGCAUGGAGACAACCACAGCAUCAGACAAAGGAAGGCGACCAAAGAAAGCCUGGUGGAAACCAGUAGCGACAUCACAGAGAGUCUGAUGUCUAUCAGUAGAAUGAUGGCUGAACAGGUGAAGCAGAGUGAGGACACCAUCGGCACACUGGCCACUUCCUCCAGGACGGUUCAGGAGACAAACGAGGAGUUUAAAAGCAUGACAGGGACCAUCCACCUGGGGAGGAAACUGAUCCUCAAGUACAACCGGCGGGAGCUGACGGACAAGCUGCUCAUCUUCCUGGCUCUGGCACUUUUCUUCGCUACUGUCCUCUACAUCCUCAAGAAACGCCUCUUCCCCUUCAUUUAGCCGACUGGCUGCGUCAAAAGGAAGAAUGUUUUACAGGUAUCAUACUGAGCAGGGAAUUACCUGAAGAAGAGAGUUAAGAGCGGUGUAUGGUGUUAGUUAGAAGCAGCAUUGACACUGGACUGCUGCACGUAGAAGUAAUGCCACGUGAAAUAGUUUGACGUUGGUUAGCAGCCUUGUUUUUAUCCUGAAGAAAAAUGCAACGGUGGAUUUAUAAAAUGAGUAUGAAGGGUUUUUGUAGCGCUGUCUUAAAAAAAACAGUGUGUAAAAUUUAUUGGUGAAUUUGCAGCUGAAUAUCCCUCCCCUUGCUCUUUUCUUCCAAGUUUGUUGAAGGCAUUUAGCAUUAAAACUUAAAUGUUUAUUGUGGGCUAUUGUAAAAACAUGGUGGUCCAAAAUGGUCACCUCUGUGGAGCUAAACCAACUCCUGAUAUAAAUAUUAAAAGGCUCAUUCUGGGGUUAUGAAAAAAAUGUACACGUUCUGCCUUUAAUUGCAAGGAGAAUAGGGAGAAUAGACGUUUUUUAUAUUUGAUGCAAAUGGUCACAUUUGGAGGCGGAGCUUCUUCCCUGAGCUCCCUGAAAACAGUGACUAUGUUUACAUGAAACGCAGUAUUCCAGUUUUAAGCGGAUUUAGACAUUAGUCUGACUAAGACACUGUCUUGUACAGAAUUUUCAUAUUACCAUAGUCGGAAUGAGGUCACUCAAUGUGACCAAUCAAUCAAUCAAUCAAUUAAUCAAUAAUCGGAUUACAGCACAUGGAAUAUUUCGGCUCACAUGAAGUCACAUAAUGUUGACAUGUUUAUGUCUUGUCUAGUAAUGUAUAGAUGUGUAUAUGUCUAACAAUGAUAUCUUAAUCUGAUUAUGAUGUUCUGACGGAGGUUUCUCAGCAGUAGAUGUGAGUCAUAAGAUGAUCUGUGGAUGUGGCUGUAAUAAGGGCUGGAUAAUUGUUCAAUAACAAUAUACAAUAAAUUACAAUACAAAUUUCUUAA